UUUACACGCGACGCAGGGGUUCGAUCCUCGAGGAGCUUGAGGAACGCGAUGAGCUUAUCGCCGGCUGUAGGGGAGGCAUGGAAAGAUGUUUAGAGAUGUUAGAAAAGCAGUAAUAAUUAACAAUUUGCGAGAGGAUAGCCGGCCGUUGAUUAAGAGGAAAAUUAAACAGAAACGAAAAAGAAAGACUCGAAUCGAAAAAUAUUUUUUUGACAACUCGACGACGAGGAGAUAAUUUUCAUAUAACGCACGGUGGGAAAUAUUCACGGGCGAUUCGGAAUGCUUUGACAGAUAUUGGAUGCUUUUGAUGGAAAGUAAUAAUUUCGACGUGGAUGUAAAUCAGGAAAUUUUUAACAGCUGAGAUCAAUGUGCGGUAGACGUUAUUUCUCUCAUUGAAAUUGUUAAAACCAGCUGCUUGUGAUGUCGAGCAAAUGAUUGGUUGUCGAUAUCUUCGCGUUGCUAUUGAUUGAUUUGAAAAUCGUUUGAUAAAUUCCGAUAUGAAUAUUUUGAGUAUCAAGUGGUUAUGACAGGACCCUCUUCUUUUCUUAUUUUUCUUCUUCUUCUUCCCCACCGCAUCUCCGACGAAAUUGGGAUAAAAUUUUUUACACGUCCGUUUAAUACACGUGUGCAGGAACUUCAACGCGUGGUCACGUGACGUAACGUUGAAUCUACGCGAUCCGUUCCGAAACAAAAUUUGAAUGUGUAAUUCGUAUUUUAACAUACCGCACUAUAAUACAUGUAAACCUCAGUGUUCAUCGGCAAUAUUCCAGAAUCUUGUAGGAAAAUAUAAUCUACGAAAGGAGAGACGAAGGCGUGCUACCCAAAGGGAAUGUAAAAUUAGUUCUCCGCGUAAAGAGGAUAAUAAUCUUGACAGCUUUAUUUUCUAACGUGAAUACGAUUUCGGUUUUAAAAUUUAACAAACGACAAAGAUGUACAUGUAUAAGUGUGUAAUAAUGGUGGAAAUAAAAAUACGAUUAAAAACUUAAGGGGGAAAGAAAGAGAAAGAUAAAACAUAUGAAAAUAGAGAAAAGUCGACGUUAAUGUGUACGAUACAAGUAAAUCUAAUAGUCUGAUGUGUAAAGUCAAUUACGAGAACGAAAUUAUUAACCCUAGAAAAUAAGGAUGUUCGUUAGAAUGUGCGAAAUUAACGGUUAUAACCACAGCUUGAGGAUGAAUACGCUCGAUGUAUUAACGCGGCUUAUAAAACUGUUCGUAAGUAUAUGGUAAUCGGGAUUAAAUUGAAUUGAAUUACGGAGAAAAAACAAACAAAAUUCAAUUUCAUCCGCGACGGGGUUGACUGAACGUAUUAAACGAAAAUAUUGAUCCGCAUAGAAUUAAACAUAUGAAUAUUAUACUAUAACAGGUGUAUUGUAAAGAGCGGUGAGUGUUUUAGAGAAAAUAAAUGAUAAAAAAAUGUGUAGCGCAUAAAUACGUGACAGCGUGCCGUACAGCUUAUCGCUAUAUUAUAUCAUCAUUGUAUAAAACAAAUAUUGUACACAUAUCAAUGAAGUUUGAUGUUAGAGAAUCGCAUACGUUACACGCAAUAGUACAAGUUCACAAUAAAGUAUAGAAAUUCUAAUCGCAAUAUAUGUAUAGUGUGGGAUUAAUUUACCGGGCGAGAAAGGUGAAAGAAUAAAAUAGAUCGGAAAAUCGACGUAUCGCGAACUGAACGUUUAUUUUGAUAAAAUCGAUCGGACUAUCCUUAAAGCUUGUCAAAUGGCUAAAAUUUCUCGAAUCGAAUCAAAAUAUUGUUACGAAAGGAAAAACUAAGUGGGAAGCGACCGCGGUGUCCGUAUAACUAAAUCUAAUAAAAAUCAUCUGAAAAGAUAAUAAUUCAGCACGUGCCUUACGACACUCGAGGCGAGAGGGGCUCCGUUAAUUCCGUCUGAUACCUAGAAGAUGGACACCUCGCCGACUCUGAGCUUCGGAGGCUCGCGUGCUAGAACGGCACUUCUAGCGACAACCGGGACCGGAAGUGCCGACAGGCGGGUCGUCUUUUUGGCAAGCCAACCGAACACAGGUGGACAUGACACGAGAACGUGGCCUCAUCAAUGGUCGCCGUACAUGACUGGGAACAACCACAAAUCGCCAGACAAUUCACCGCAUACGGAGCAGAAAUUAAGAAUGCCGAGGGGACAGGUGGAUUGGUCGAGCGAGUCCGUAACGUCGAACAACAUCGUUCGUCAAACGGUUUCGAAUUCCGCAGUCGCGGGUCCGUCGGGUGGAACGAGUACGAGGAAUACCGAGUCUACCACCAACUGUAGCGGGUUUAGAUUAGGGGUAUACGGAUGGAGAAAAAGAUGUUUGUACUCUUUGGUGCUGUCGUUGAUGGUGAUGGUGAUACUGAACAUGGCGCUGACGCUCUGGCUGUUAAAAGUCAUGGAGUUUAGCUCGGAGGGAAUCGGUUCUCUGAAGGUUGUUCCUGGCGGGCUGGAACUCAAAGGACAAGCCACUAUUCUGGACGCGCUUGUUGCCUCUUCGGUCAGAUCGCCAAAAGGGAGAAACUUGAUUCUGGAAUCAUGGAACAACUUCACCGCUUCGGCUAGGUCUCGCGAAGGACGUUUGCUGGCCAGGUUCACGUUAGGCGAGGAGUGGCUCGACUGUGUCUCUAAGGGUUUUCGCGUCACGGACCCUCAAGGAGUAGUCCUAUUUUCCGUGGACAGCAAGCAGGUCGUCGUCGGGGCUGAAACGCUCCGAGUAACAGGUGUGGGCGGUGCUGUGUUCCAAGGAAGCGUCCAAACUCCAUUGGUUAGAGCGGAAUCUGGUCACGAUUUGAGACUGGAGUCGUCAACGAGAUCGCUGAACAUAAACGCACCCCAAAGAAUAACUAUUGAAUCGCAAGCGGGGAACGUGACAGCUUCGUGUCUGUCUGACAUGAAGUUGGAAAGCGUUACGGGAAUCGUGAAGAUGGACGCAGCGUCCAUUUUCCUGAAAGGUCUUCAGACUGCGAAACCAAAUUCAGGAGGUAUUUCAGAGGAUCAACACUCGUCAAGUCGUCAAAAAGAACCGCCGGCUUAUCAGCUCUGCGCUUGUGAAACGGGUAAAUUGUUCCUCGCAAGACCCGAAGGUUCUUGUCGCGCCGACGACGCUGUAUGUCGAUAGUUUUUCCUUUUCUUUUCUGUUGCUUUUUACCCUCGAAACAAACCAAAAGAAACACGUACAUACAAAAAAAGAAUACAAACACUGACAAAAGUAUUUGACAAUUUAUACUUGCAAUGAAAAAAAAAAAUUGUUGCGGCCACGUGCCUGUAAGGGUGUGGUACGAAAAUGAUACACGUAAUGUAAGCUCUGACGUACCUUUCUUAAAAGGUCAAGUGUCGAUUUUUGUAGGAAAAUUUUAUUUUUGUUAUUUUAACCACGGUUUACACUCAGCUUUUGUACAAUACUUCAAGAAAUGUCAAAAUAAUCAUGUUUCUCUGAAUUAUUUUUUUCCUCCACUGGUAUAAGUUUGCCCUGUGAAUUUAAUAUUUCCGAAUGUCAAUUGUUACUCUAUUCUCUAUAAUUUGGUUCAAAUCGAUAUUCGUAUUACAAAUAAUAAUUUCUCGUGAAAUCAGAGCAACCUUUUCCGAAACACACAUGUACAUAGCAAUAAGAUUUUGAGAGUCUCUACGGUGCAUUUAAAGUGUAACGUAUGUAAAAUGAUGUGUAUUUCGAGAAGACAACCGUACGCGUAAAACGAUCCUUCCUAUACGUAAAAGAAUCAAAAAUCAAUCACCGGUAAAAGAAAUAAAAUAAAAUGGAAAAUUCCCACAGGUAAGAGAAUGGCCAAAGCAAAUUGAAAAAUCAUAAAAAGAACCCCUUAAAACCGACGUACGCAACAUAAAUUGUAAAUUGAUUAAAAUCGAGUGAAAAAGAAAUGAACGAAAUAAAAAGAAAUAUUCCCAGGAAAACAAUAUCUAAAUACUGACAAUGUUACAAACAUAGAGCACAACAGCUACAUAUAACAUUGUAAAGUUACCGAAAAAGUACACGUGCGUAUUGCCAGAGACCAAAAUUGAAAAAAAGUAUGUAAAAAAAUUAAUUUGAAGGCCGUACAGUCAAUAUUCGCAGUGUUUUUUUUCUUUCUCACAGAUAUUAUACCUGUGUAUACUGUAAUUAGCAAGUGAAAAAUGCUGACACGUCGUUUAUGUUUCAUAACCAUUACUUUACCUCAAAAGAAAAGAAAAAAAAAGAAAGAAGAACAGUAGCUCUGUUGCCUACAUUGAAAUAUUGCAAGAG